AUGGAUUUCUCCAGCCCAGAAAACUACAAGAGAAAAUUGGGAAGCGGCUCAGGCAGGUGCCUCGCUGGUUCGGGCACAAUCCCAUUUGGAAAAGUCGGUUACCGCAGCCAAGCUCAAUACAAAUCGAUUGGGGGAAGUGGAUUUUCUGGUCUGGGCAGCCCAUUGAGAGGGACACCCGCAGGCGCCGCUCGGGCCCUGAACCUCCCGGGCGCGUUGGGUUGCCGGCUCCUCACCGCCCUCGCUCAAACGGCCCCCGGGGAGGCGGAGCGGGGUCGGGAGGCGCCGGAGCCACUUCGACGAAGCGCGGGACUUGUCCGCUUGCUCCGCGGACGGAGCCUCGAGGGACGGCGGGACGGACGGCGGGAUCCGAGGCAUCCCGAUUCCGGCAGAGGGCAGCUCCGGGGCUGCGCUCCAGCAGGGCAGAGCAGGGCGAGGGAUCCCGGCUGCCUCCGGGGGACGGCAACUCCCCGCCCUUCCCGUUCGCCGGGGCCGUCGGAGCUGAAGCGGCGGGCGGGAGGCUCGUCCCACGUGUGCGGCCGCAGCUGGAGGACGAGGCUGGACGGCGGAGGCCGAGGGGCAGGCGCCGCGACGUGGCAGGGAGAACGCCCGGCUGGGCGGCCUAGCCGCGGCCCCGCCGUCUCUCUCCACUUGCCCGCCGCCGCCGCCCAGCGCAUCCCACGAGCCGGGUCGCCUGCCGCCCCCGCCGCCCGCUUCCAGGGCCGGCCCGACGGCUGCGGCGCUCCGACCCACCUGCGCUGCGCGGCCGCCAUGCGGCUCUCGUCCGGCCCGGUGGCGGCGGCGGCGGCGCUGCUCCUGAUCGCCGCGCUGCUGCCGGCCUCCCAUCCCCGCCAGGCCCUCGCCCGCCGCCCGCCGGCCCCGCCACCCGCCGCCCCGCGACGGCUGAGCGGGCGCGAGCUUCAGCACGAGGUGCUGGCGCUCCUGGGCCUCCCCGGCGGACCCCGCCGCCCGCCGCCCUCGCCCCGCAAGACGCGCCCGCGCCGUCCCGCCCCGCCGCCCGCCGCCGCGCCGCUCUUCAUGCUGGGCCUCUACCGCGCCCUGGCCCGCCAGGACGACGCCGAGGAGGGCCCCGCGCCGAGCCGGACCGCCGACGGCGCGGACACCGUCAUGAGCUUCGUCAACCUGGUGGAGCUGGACAGAGGCAUUUUCCAGAAGAGGCCUUACUGGAAAGAAUUCAGGUUCGACUUAACUCAGAUCCCAACAGGGGAGACUGUCAUGGCGGCGGAAUUCCGAAUCUACAAGAUGAAAAGUUACACCUGCCAUGUUAAUCAGACCCUUCACAUCAGCAUUUACGAGGUCAUCCAGGAGCACCCAAACAGGGAAUCUGAGCUCAUGUUCUUAGACCUUCAGGAAUUUCUGGCUGGCCUGGACGGAUGGCUGACCUUCGAUGUCACAGCUGCUAGCAACCACUGGUUGUUGAACCGGAAGUACAAUUUGGGGUUGAGGCUUUACGUGGAGACAGAGGAUGGAGAGAGUGUGGACCCCGGAAUGGCCGGCCUCUUGGGUCGCCACGGACCACGUUCCAAGCAGCCCUUCGUGGUGACCUUUUUUCAGGAGAGUGAAAACCAGGUCAGGCUCCCUCGAGCAGCCAAGCAGGCCAAACGACGGCCCAAGAAGACCUACAGCUUCCCACACUCCCACAGGCUCCCAGGACUUUUGGAUGAUGUCUAUGUCUCUGAGCAUAGCCAGGUCUGCAGAAGGCACGAGCUGAACGUCAAGUUUCAAGAUUUUGAUUGGCUGGACUGGGUGAUCGCCCCGCAGAGUUAUCCCGCCUUCUACUGCGAUGGAGAGUGUGUUUUUCCCCUGAAUUCCUCCAUGAAUGCCACCAACCAUGCCAUUGUCCAGUCGCUGGUCCACCUGAUGAAGCCCGAAGCCGUUCCCAGGGCCUGCUGUGCCCCCACCAAGCUCAGCGCCAUCUUUGUCCUCUUUUAUGACAGCAACAACAACGUGAUCCUCAGGAAGAAGCGGAACAUGGUGGUGAAGUCCUGCGGCUGCCACUAAGGCUGCGGCCGACCCAGGGCCUUUCUGGGGGAGCAGGGUUGCUGCCUGCUUCCGAAAAGACAGCAGGGAAGGGGCCUCCACUGCCCCCUGGACUGGGACGGAGG